AUGGAAGUAUCAAGAUCAUUUAUUGUUCAAAGUUCAGUUUUCAUUAUACUUUUAUCGUUGAUUUUCAAAUACUUUAGUACAAAUAUUUCAUCAUGGAAAGAAAUAAAAGAUUUUCCACCUAUAAUUUCGCCUCUUGCUUAUCAAUUACUUAUGAGCAUUAUAUUUCUCAUAUCAAUCUCUUUAUCAUUUAACCCACCUACAACCAAAAUACAUUUCUUUAUUCUUUAUACAUUAGCUUUUCUCCAAAUUUUAAUCCCAAUGUUAUAUAACAGUAAAUAUCAUUGUACACUUCAAGCAGCAAGCUCGGUUUUUAAUUUCGCAAUUGCCUGCAAACUUUUGCUAUGGUUAAAAAAAUAUCAUUCACCCGACACACAAGAAUCAGAAUUUAAUUCAUUUUUUUCAACACUAUUUAUUUGGAGACCUGACCCAUUAAAAAUCGACAAAUCAGAGAAAAAAUACAUUGAUCAGAUUACUAUAAACGAUUAUUUUGUUAAUCAAGGAAAACGUUUUGCAAUAACUACUUUCAAAUUUUUAGUUUUUGAAUUUAUAUUGGCAUGGGCUGAAACUUACAAACCAAUUAUCCCAGAUAGAAUCUAUCUAUUUCGAGUUAUUGAUUAUUUCUUGACAGGAAAACCAUUUAUUACUCCAUUUUAUUUAUUUUACAAUUAUGUCCUGGCUGUAAAUAUAUAUAUAUUUAUUUCUUUGGCUUAUGAUAUUUUUGUGCUUUCUUUUGGACUAUUGCUUCCGCUACUCCAAAUAAUCCAAUCUUCUCAAUAUUCGGUCAACAAAAUUUCCAAAUCUCGAUAUCAAGCCAUACUAUCAUCAAAAAUACAAGAAGUUAAAGAGUGGUUGAUCCUUUUAUUAUUUCACACAAAAGUUCCAAUGAAUUUCCCUUUCAUAUCAACAAGUCCACGAGAUUUUUGGUCUAAGCGUUGGCAUAUUGUCCUUCGAGAAAUUUUUCUAGAUCUAGGUUAUGUUCCCGUCAAAAAUCUUUUUGGUAAGCAUAAAAAAAUUGGAAAUAUUUUUGGGAUAUUGUCUGCUUUUUUUGUUAGUGGACUAUUACAUGAAUAUAUAGUUUAUUGUAUGUGGGGUAAUAGUCCAGGUGAACAAAUGCUUUUCUUUUUGUUUCAUGGCCUUUUGCUUAUUCUUUGGGAAGUCGCUGAAGGUUUGUUGGUUGGAAAUGGAAUAGCCAUAAAUGAAGUAAAAGAUAGUUGGGGAAUAUGGUUAUUUAAACUGAUAUUAUUUAAUACUAUCGCCAUAUUUGGUAUUCCUUCGUUUUUUGAACCUUAUCUUCGUGAAGAUUCUUUUGUUUGUAUGAUUCAGGUCGGAUUGUUUCACAAUAAAAUAGGAUUAAGUUAA